CAUAUUUGAUGAAACACCGGAACGAUUAAAGGAGAACCUAUUUGUUUACAUAGAUCCGAAGUUGAAAUAUUUUCAGUUUCUCUGACAUCUUCUGGUUUCAAAAUUAGCCAGGGACUUUUUACUAUUUAAUAACUUACAAACAGUGAAAAGCCUUUCAAUUGUCUUGUUUAGUUAGCUCUCUGGAGCAGGUUUUCCGAUUACUACGAGAGUAGCUAGCUAGCUCGAUGUUAGCAGCAAUCUAUCGCUUGCUAUUCAUUUCACGAUGGACGACAGACUAUAAAAUUUGAUGUUAUAAACAAAUUGAAAGGUUGUUAUUUGCAGUUUUACAAAAAUGGAUAUCAGUCUAACAAUUUCCCUAAUGCGGGGACAGAUGGGUAGCGUGAUAGAGAGAGCGGUUAGUGCCGCUGUUGAGACGGUGUUGGGAGAGAUGCUUAGAGUGGUCGGCAUUAAAUUCGACGAGCUGAAGAUGGAGGUAGUAGCUAAAGAGAAAGAGGCGGAGAACAUAAGACAGAUGCUGGAGAUAUCCCGAUCUCAGAUGAAGACCAUGCGGAAACACAUGAACGCUCUGGGUGAGAACGCGCACUCUGCCACUUAUCAGACCUACCGGACAGCAUUCGGCCAUUCUGAUCCCCGCAGAAUUCACGGUUCCUCCGAGGCUUUACCACAGCCGCCGAGAAGGACGGUUCCAAACAACGACCAAAUUCCCACUACAAAUGGAAACGUACAGGCAAGGAAUCGAGUCACCAUCACCAUACCCUCUGAGAAUAUGGUCAGGGCCACCCAGCCCUCUGAUAAUUUGGUCAGGGCCACCCAGCCCUCUGAUAACUUGGUCAGGGCCACCCAGCCCUCUGAUAAUUUAGUCAGGGCCACCCAGCCCUCUGAUAAUUUGGUCAGGGCCACCCAGCCCUCUGAUAAUUUGGUCAGGGCCACCCAGCCCUCUGAUAAUUUGGUCAGGGCCACCCAGCCUUCUGAUAACUUGGUCAGGGCCACCCAGCCCUCUGAUAAUAUGGUAACCGUUAGGGCAACAUCAACAUCCUUUGACACUCACGAUGAUCUGACAACUGUGAUCUCCCAGACUCUGGAGGACCGGACAUUGACACCCACUGUCUCUGCAAUGAAUAGUUCAUCAGAGCAUCUGGAACCUUUGAAAGAGGAGCCCCCAGCCCUCCUAGACCCCGAGGUGUCUGAUGAGAGCCAGAGGAGGGAGGAGGAAGAAGAGUGUCAGGCUGAGUGGACCAUUAGUACACAGCCACCAGAGACAAGCACAGACCCUGGGGCCCAGCUGGUCCUCUCCCCUCCCAGGACUGACGGAGCAGACUGCUCUGCCAGGAGUGUACUGCCAUCCUCCCAGUCCCUGUCCCAGUUCCAAGUGAAAGAGGAGGAAUCUGAGGUGGAGAUCAUCUGUAUCAAACAGGAACCAGAGGAGGUGGAGACCCUGCUGAUAAACCUGGCUGCCGAAGGCUUCAACUCUCAGGGCAACCUUUUAGAUAGGCAGACUCAGGGCAACCUCCUCCUGGACAGUCAUAGGACCAUCCCAGGCUCUCAAAGCCAGAGGGAUAGGAGAGCACCCCGUCCACCACAGAGCCAGAGGACCUUAGCAGAGAAUACACCCUUCACUUCAGCUGACUCUUGUUCAUAUGGGCUGUCCCAGGCAGUGAUGUCCAUGUCAGGAGUUGCUCCCAGGCCCAUGGUGCGUCCGUGGCCCAAGGACCUGAGUCUGUACGAGGAGUUUAAAAUGAGACGAACUGAGCUGAGGAGGAGGAGCCAGACCCGUCAGAGGGAGAUGGAGAAGAACCUUCCCCAGCCUCUAUUAGCUGACCUGGUGAAGGAGAGACGGGAGAAGACCCGGCUCAGAGUGGCCCGCUGGAGAGCCAAGAGGAAGCUGCAGGCCUGUCUACUGACUCAGAUGACCCAACAGACACAACACCAACAGACUGGACCGGGACUGGGCCAGGGGAAUAGUCUGAACAGUGGGCUGGGGAAUCAUAGCCAGAUUAGCCACCACACACAACACAAAACCACAGGCCCCACUCAGACUCCGCAGAGGAACAGUGCUGCCAUCUCUCAAUCGCAGUACAAUAACAGUUUUUUGUACAACAGAAGUCACUGUGAGACUGGGGCUGGUAAUGUUAACUACCCUCCUCUCCAGUUCAACUCCUCCUCUCUAAUGCUGGGGCAACAUGGAGGACACAAUAUGGUGGAGCACAUUAUGCAGCCUACAAUGACAUCAUCCUCACAGCAGGGCCUCUCCCUGACAGACUCUGAGCUCUACCAGUAACAAGGGAUCGUGGGUAUUCAAAUCUUACCCAACAAGUUCUGGAUUACUGCUGUUUUUUGUUGUUGUUCUACCUGAUAAUGAAUUACACCCACCUGGUGUCCCAGGUCUAAAUCAGUCCCUGAUUAGAGGGGAAUCACCUACCUGGUGUCCCAGGUCUAAAUCAGUCCCUGAUUAGAGGGAAAUCACCCACCUGGUGUCCCAGGUCUAAAUCAGUCCCUGAUUAGAGAGGAAUCACCCACCUGAUGUCCCAGGUCUAAAUCAGUCCCUGAUUAGAGGGGAAUCACCAACCUGGUGUCCCAGGUCUAAAUCAGUCCCUGAUUAGAGGGAAAUCACCCACCUGGUGUCCCAGGUCUAAAUCAGUCCCUGAUUAGAGAGGAAUCACCCACCUGAUGUCCCAGGUCUAAAUCAGUCCCUGAUUAGAGGGGAAUCACCAACCUGGUGUCCCAGGUCUAAAUCAGUCCCUGAUUUGAGGGAAAUCACCCACCUGGUGUCCCAGGUCUAAAUCAGUCCCUGAUUAGAGGGGAAGAGUGGAAUUGGCUUUGUGGUCCACAUUUGAAUUAGAGGGCAGGAGACCAACAUUGCAGUACCAGGUCUACUCUACCAGUACCAGUUAUACUCUACCAGGUCUACUCUACCAGUACCAGUUCUACUCUACCAGUACCAGUUCUACUCUACCAUUUCUACUCUACCAGUUCUACUCUACCAGUACCAGUUCUACUCUACCAUUUCUACUCUACCAGUUAUACUCUACCAGUUAUACUCUACCAGUACCAGGUCUACCCUACCAGUACCAGUUCUACUCUACCAGUCCUACUCUACCAGUACCAGUUCUACUCUACCAGUUCUACUCUACCAGUACCAGUUCUACUCUACCAGUACCAGUUCUACUCUACCAGGUCUACUCUACCAGUACCAGUGCUACUCUGCCAGUUCUACUCUACCAGUACCAGUUAUACUCUACCAGGUCUACUCUACCAGUACCAGUUAUACUCUACCAGGUCUACUCUACCAGUACCAGUUCUACUCUACCAGUUCUACUCUACCAGUACCAGGUCUACUCUACCAGUACCAGGUCUACUCUACCAGUACCAGUUCUACUCUACUCUACCAGUUCUACUCUACCAGUUCCAGUUAUACUCUACCAGGUCUACUCUACCAGUACCAGUUAUACUCUACCAGGUCUACUCUACCAGUACCAGUUCUACUCUACCAGUUCUACUCUACCAGUACCAGGUCUACUCUACCAGUACCAGGUCUACUCUACCAGUACCAGUUCUACUCUACCAGGUCUACUCUACCAGUUCUACUCUACCAGUACCAGUUCUACUCUACCAGUUCUACUCUACCAGUACCAGUUCUACACUACCAGUUCUACUCUACCAGUACCAGUCCUACUCUACCAGUACCAGUUCUACUCUACCAGGUCUACUCUACCAGUACCAGUGCUACUCUGCCAGUUCUACUCUACCAGUACCAGUUCUACUCUACCAGUACCAGGUCUACUCUACCAGUACCAGUUCUACUCUACCAGGUCUACUCUACCAGUACCAGGUCUACUCUACCAGGUCUACUCUACCAGUUCUACUCUACCAGUACCAGUACUACUCUACCAGUUCUACUCUACCAGUACCAGUUCUACUCUACCAGUACCAGUUCUACUCUACCAGUACCAGUUCUACUCUACCAGUACCAGUACUACUCUACCAGUUCUACUCUACCAGUACCAGUUCUACUCUACCAGUAACAAUAGAGCAAAUGAUUUGUUUUGUGGAGUCACUCCGUUGUAUGGCACCCUAUUCUCUAUGUAGUGCACUAUGUUUGACAAAGGUCUUUAUGGCUCUGGUCAAAAGUAGUGCACAAUAUAGGGUAUAGGGUGUCAUUUUCAGACACAGCCUAUGCCUUCUGAUGCAGGGCCAAUAACAUGAGAUAUUUCAAGGGGAAUUGUGUGAAUGCAAAAUGAUCUAAAUUGCCUGUGACAAAUUGAUCAAAAAGGCUUUUAUUUUAGGAUAACAGCCUAAUAAUGAUAAUUUAAUUGCUUUUUUUUUAAUUACCUGAGAAUGUUUUAAUGUACAACAACAGUAUUUUUAUUAAAACACAUUAUUUAUGUUAACUUGAAUAAUGACCAUCCCUACAUGUCUUGAAAUAUGGAGUAUAAAUCACUGUACUUGGAUAACUGAUAGAAUCGUCUUGCAUCUAGGUCAAACUAAUGAUUUUAUUUGGCAAACUUCAUUGUCAAUAUUAUUUAAUCAACUGUUAUUUAUACAUUGUAUUGCUCUGCAACUGGAUUUAAAUCAUGAUAAUAAUAUGAAUAAGCUCUAUUCAGAUAUAGGCCUAUUCAAUGGCAUAAUAGGAAACUAUCCAAUACAUUAUGAGUCACUUUUUAGAGUUAUGGCCUAGUCUUUGAUCAGAUGGAAUUUCUCUUGCUUCAUUCCUCUUGUCCCUACUUGAUAGUUUCAUUAGCAGUGUUCAAGGUGAACAGCUGUUUCCAUGAACCUGUCCUGUCAGUUAUGUUUUGACAGCAUUUAGAAAGUUUGCAUAGAAAAUAGAUGGGACAAUUUCCUGUUACUGUGCGUUUCCAUUGUUCAUGAAAACAGCUGGAUGGAAUGACGUCACACCUAUAAAAAACACUUAGAGAAAACCGAGUGUGGAAUGAAAAGGAAGUGGUUUCCAUGAUUGUGCGUUAAUAAAAUGGCGAUAGCCACAUCCCACC